UACUCUCGUGUACACUUAUCUCGCGUGUGAGCGCGUGCAGUCAUGUUUUGGUAGAAAAGUUCGAUCGAGCGCUGAAGGUGCGCGAUGAGCGAUCGGUUUACACUUUGAGGACCCAGAGAUUCGGCUUCUUCGAAAAUGCGGCCGGAAAGACAAUUGGGUCUCCCGAAGGCCUUCAUGUGUUGUUCCAACAUAGUUUUUUUGAUGUCGGGUUUCGCGCUCAUGUCGCUCGGCGCGAUUUUGUUGAUCGACAGCGACAGGAUACUGUUGUCGCGGCUCAUCGGGACGAACGACGUUUACCCGGAACAGCCGCCCUUUUACUACGCGGCCCUCGCGGUCGUGGCCAUCGGCUUUCUCAUUGCAAUAGCCGGACUCCUCGGGUGUUGGGCCUCUUGCCUCCACAACUGCUGUAUCACGGCAUCGUACGUGGGGUUGUUGAUGUUGCUCGUGAUGGGCAAGUGCGGGCUGGUGGUGCUGGUAGUGUUCUGCCCGGAUCGACUGGGCGUGGAUUUGCAGCCAGGACGGCUGUUGCGCGCUCUGCAGCGUACGUACGCCCUACCCAGCCACGAGCAAUUCACCGCUGCCCUGGACCUCGCCCAGACCGCGUUUUCGUGCUGCGGCAUCAACGGGAGCAACAACUACGGCUCGUCCUGGUGGCGGCUUCAGGAGUCCAGUAGACGCGAUUUUGUCGUCCCGUUGAGCUGCUGUAUCCUGAACAACGCCCACGAGCAGGAUGGAUUUCUCAACCCGGAGCCGAGAAACCUCAGCCUUUGCCAGGCUCUCAACCCCGCGGAACACCAGCAGGCGCGCCACAGUCCCGGCUGCAUGCCAACGAUCGAAGCCUGGCUGCAGGAGCAAGUGCUCAUCCUCCUCGCGGUGGUCCUGUGCGUGAUCCUGGUCGAGCUCUGCGCUCUCCUGAGCACAGUGUUGGCCUGUUCGCAACUCAAGAGGGGCAACGGACCGAGCCGACGCCCCUGCCCGGGUAUGAGCAAGCCCCGCGGUCCGUCUUCCUCGGCCAGCUGCUUCACCUCCACCCAGACGCUCAGCCCCUUUUGCAAUUCAACCGCCGAGCACGAGCAACAGGAUUACGCAGCGCUGAGCUGCGAGGGCGCGGCGAACCGGCUGGCCAUCAUACCCGGCGGCACCUUCGCCGGCAAGUCCUGA